AUGCCGCCAAAAAGAUUCCCAUCCCGACAUCUGCAUACCUUAAAAACACAUAACGCCCCCGUCAACGCCGUGACCUUCUCUAGCUAUCCAGGCACAUACAUACUCACAGGUUCUUCCGAUCGCGCCAUUCACUUGUCGCGCGCUGUUCCAAAUAAUGUCGAAAGCUCUGCGCAGCCAGUUGAAACUAUAUCGCCGAUCCAACGAUACGAGGCCCAUGGCUACUCUGUUCUCGACGUGGCAGUUGCUGCAGAUAAUGCGCGCUUCGCCAGCGUAGGAGGGGACCGCCAAGUCUUCUUGUGGGAUGUCGAGCAAGGUAGCACAACCAGACGGUGGACUGGUCAUACUAGCAGGGUUGAGGCCGUACAAUUUGCUGGAGAUGGAGAUUCGGUGGUCGUCACUGGUAGUGCCGAUACAACAGUAAACCUCUGGGAUACUCGCUCCAAAGACCAUAAGCCUAUUCAAUCCCUCACUGAGGCAGGCGACACUGUUUCAUGUCUUCAUGUUCACAUGCCAUCGUAUUCGAUUGCGAGCGGUAGCUACGAUGGCCAUGUGCGAGUGUAUGACGUUCGGAUGGGUAGGACGACCGAUGAUGUUCUCGCACAUCCAGUAACGAGUAUUCGAAGCUCGGCAGACGGGAAUGUACUUCUUGCUUCUACGCUAGAUAGUUAUAUUCGGAUGCUGGAUCGCUCAAAUGGAAGCCUUCUCGCGGCUUUUGGAGGUCCGCAAAAAGAAAAAGACUCUUUUUCGCACGCUGCAAAGUCUCCUCAUUCUUACCGCAACGAUGAACUGCGUGUUCGCUCUGUUUUUGCACAGGGGGAUGGAGUGGUUCUCAGUGGCAGCGAAGCACCGAAAAACGACACUAGCCUUGGCGCGGCUGUCUUUGCCUGGGAUGUACUCACUGGAGAGGCUGUCGCGACGGUGCCAAUGGGCGAGAAAGUCAAGGUAGUGAGCUGUGUGGCAUGGAACGAGGGUGGCCAUUGGGCCGGCGGAUGCUCUGAUGGUACUGUUCGGGUCUUUGGCUCAUGA